AUGGGACCGGUAAAAGAGGAUCCGAAGCCCAUUGAUGUCGCCAUUAUUGGUGGUGGCAUCGGCGGCCUGGCGCUGUCGAUUGGUCUACAGCAAUACAGUCACAUCAACGUGCGCAUUUUUGAAGCCGCGCCGCAGUUUUUCGAGAUUGGGGCGGGCGUCUUCUUUGGCGCCAACGCCAUCCGCGCCAUGUCGCUCAUCAACCCCGCCAUCGGUGAGGCCUACGCCCGCAUCUCAACCACAGCCGGCUGGACGUCCAAGGAGGAGACCUACUUUGACUUCAUCCUCGGCCAGGAUCUGCACGGCCAACCCGCCGGCACGUCUGUCUCCUCGCCACAGCUCGGUCCACACGAGCGUCAUAGCACCGCGCACCGCGCGCACCUCAUCGACGAGCUGGCUCGUCUCGUGCCCGAAGAGACUGCCGAGUUUGGCAAGCGUUUAAUCGGUCUCACGAGGGAUGAGGCGCGCGGGCGGACUAUGAUGAAGUUUGCCGACGGUGUCACGUACGAAGCCGACGCCGUUAUUGGGUGCGACGGCAUCCGCUCCGUGUGCCGGGACUUUGUACUAGGAAAGAAUAAUCCACUGGCGCAGCCAAUCUUUACCGGAAAGUAUGCGUAUAGAGGUCUGAUUCCGAUGGACAAGGCUAUUGCGGCGAUUGGAGAGGAAAAGGCGCAGAAUCGCUACAUGUUUCUCGGCAAAAGGGGCCAUGCGCUCAUCUUCCCGAUUGCAGAAGGCAAAAUCAUGAACGUCGUCGCUUUCGCCACGUCAAAAGAUGGAAAGUGGGAGGGCAACUGGAUCAAGCCAAUGAAGAGAGAGGACAUGGAAGAGGACUUCAAGGACUUUGGCGAAGACUGCCAAAAGAUCUUUUCGCUGAUGGAGAAUACCGACAACUGGGGCAUAUUUGACCUCUCUGAGGACAUUCCUACGUUUACAUCCGAGCCGCUGCGCCUGCUGCUUCUCGGUGACAGUGCCCACGCCUGCGCACCGCACCAGGGUGCCGGCGCGGGUCAGGCCCUCGAGGACGCCCAUAUUCUCUCCCACAUUCUCGGCGGCUGCCGCUCCAAGGAGGACCUGCUCCCCGCCUUUGCGGCGUACGAGUCGGUGCGGCGCCCGCGUACCAAGUUUGUGCAGUACUACGGCCGCCGCCAGGGCGAGCUGCUGGACCUCAACUGGCCGGGCGUGGAGGAUGACCUGGACAAGCUCCGUCCUAUCAUUGACGGGCCAAUUCGCGACAUUUGGAACUGCGAUCUGGAGGCGGAGCUGACAAAAGCGCAGAAGAAGAUGGCAGAGCUGCUCGCGGAGGCUGAUGCGGCCAAGAGCUCCUAA